AUGGCAGCUGACACAGGGAGAUACAGGAGUGCAGUUAGCAAAAACAAAGACCCUUCUGGCCUCCUUAUCUCUGUCAUACGGACUCUGUCCAGCAGCGAUGAUGUGCAGGACAGGGAAACAGAGAAGGGGCGCCUGGAAGAGGCCUUUGAGACAUGUGACAGGGAUUUAGAUGAACUGAUUGUUCAGCAUUAUGCUGAACUUACCACUGCCAUUAGGACUUACCAGAGCAUCACUGAGCGCAUUACCACCUCCCGCAACAAGAUCAAACAGGUGAAGGAGAACCUCCUGUCUUGCAAGAUGCUGCUCCACUGCAAAAGGGAUGAGCUGAGGAAGCUGUGGAUUGAGGGCAUCGAGCACAAGCACGUCCUCCAGCUGCUGGAUGAAAUUGAAAGCAUCAAGCAGGUACCUCAACGGCUGGAGGCUUAUAUGGCAAGCAAGCACUACCUUCAUGCCACGGAUAUGCUGGUGUCAGCCGUGGAGUCCUUGGCAGGCCCCCUGUUGCAGGUGGAAGGCCUUGGAGAUCUGCGUCUGGAGCUCCACAGCAAGAAGCUCAACAUCCACCUUGUACUGAUUGAUGAGCUACACCGACACCUCUACAUCAAGUCCACAAGUCGUCUGGGACACAAGAACAAGGACAAAAAUGCUGCUCGCCCUGCAGGCUCCACAGCCAAAGACACAUCUCCAAUGUUGGAUGUCAGCAGCCUGUCAACCCCGCGCAAGCUUUUGGAUUCAUCACAGUUCAGCACACCUGGAUCCAGCAGUGUGCGUGAGCUGCAGCAGGAUGUGCGUGAGUUGAACCAAGCGGACCUCCCUGAGGUGGAUCCAGAGGAGAACAGUGCUGAGUUCAUGGGCAUCCUCAUCAGGGCUCUGGCCAAGUUGAAGAAAAUCCCUGAGACCAUCAAAGCCAUAAUGGAGCGGCUGGAACCUGAGCUGAAACAGAUAGUCAAGAGGUCCACCACUCAGAUAGCAGACCACGCUUACCAGAGAGGAGAAAACCUGGCCCAGGAGAGUCAGCCAAGGCUGCUGCUGGAGCUGCUGGAGCUUCUGUUUGACAAGUUCAAGGCAGUGGCACAGGCUCACAGUGUCGUGUUGGCCCACCUGCAGCGGAUCGUGGUGCAGUGCCCAGGCAAGGCUCACGAAGAAGGCAUCAAGCUCUACGAGCAGGCUGACGUCUCUGCCAAGAUCCAGACAGUGCUGCAGGUUCUGCUUAUGGAGUAUCUGGAUGUGAAGAACAGCCGCAGUGCCACAGAGCCGUCAGCUCAGCUCUCCUAUGCCAGCACUGGCAGUGAGUUUGCUGCCUUUUUUGCGAAGAAAAAACCACAACGUGCCAAGCAGUCGCUCUUCAAGUUUGAAUCAUCUUCCCAUGCCAUCAGCAUGAGUGCCUACUUGAGAGAGCAGAGGCGAGAACUCUACAGCAAGAGUGGAGAAUUACAAGGUGGCGCUGAUGACAACCUAAUUGAGGGGGGAGAAAUGAAGUUUGUGUGUAAACCGGGAGCGAGGAACAUCACUGUGAUCUUCCAGCCUCUUCUCGGGUUCAUUCAGGAGAUAGAGAUGAACAUGGGGCCGGGCCAGGCCAAGCAGUGCCAGCUCCGAGCCUUCCUCACUUAUUACAUCAAUGACCUCUUCCUCAACCAGGUGCGAACAGAGAUCAACAAGGAAAUUGAGGCAGUGAGCAAGGCAGCUGACCCCUUGAAGAUCCUUGCCAGCGCUGAUACCAUGAAGGUUCUGGGUGUCCAGAGACCUCUGCUGCAGAGCACAGUGGUAGUGGAGAAGUCCAUCCAGGAUCUAAUGAGCUUAAUGCAAGACCUGAGUGCCUACUCCAACCAGUUCCUCGAGAUGGUUUGCGACAAGCUCAAAGAGUACAAGGAAAUCUGCAACACAGCCUACAGGGGUAUUGUCCAGUGUGAGGAGAAGCUCACCAUCAGUGCUUCCUGGUCUAAAGACGAAGACAUCAGUCGCCUGCUUCAGUCACUCCCUAACUGGGCAAAUAUGGCCCAACCCAGACAGACCCGACAAAAGAGAGAGGAUGAGGAGGACUUUACCCGGGCGGCUUUCGCUAAGGAGUCGGAGGUGCUGACCGGAAACCUAGGUGACAAGUUAAUCCCCCAGAAUGAGAUUCUGCGUGAUGUCAGUGACCUGAAGGCACUGGCCAACCUUCACGAGAGCAUGGAGUGGCUUGCCGGUCGUCUCAAGACGUUCUUCUGCAACCUUCCUCAUGCUUCCAAUGUGUCUCCAUGCUCAGCUGACAGCCAGUUGGUCGGUGAGAGCGAACGAAACAGGGAGCACAUUCUUCAGACCCUGAGUGACCUGUCCAGGGGCUUUCAGGACAUUGCAGACCGCUGUCUCCUGGCAUUGCACCUGGAGGUCAGGGUGCAUUGUUUCCAUUACCUGAUCCCCCUGACUAAGCAAGGCAAUUAUGCCAUUGUGGCUAAUGUGGAGAGCAUGGACUACGACCCACUGGUGGUGAAACUGAACAAGGAUAUCUCAGCCAUAGAGGAGGCCAUGGGGGCCGCCCUGCAGCAGCACAAGUUCCAGUACAUCUUUGAAGGUCUGGGUCAUCUGAUCUCCUGUAUUCUCAUCAACGGGGCCCAGUACUUUAAGAGGAUCAGCGAGUCUGGCAUCAAGAAGAUGUGCAGGAACAUCUUUGUCCUCCAACAAAACCUCACCAACAUCACCAUGUCCAGGGAGGCUGACCUCGACUUUGCCAGGCAGUACUAUGAAAUGCUGUACAACACUGCAGAUGAGCUGCUGAAUUUGGUGGUGGACCAGGGUGUUCGCUACACUGAGCUGGAGUACAUCAACGCCCUGUCCUUACUCCAUCGCAGCCAGACAGGUGUAGGAGACCUGAGCACCCAAAACAUCCGGCUGCAGAGGCUGAAGGAGAUCAUCUGUGAGCAGGCCGCCAUCAAACAGGCCACCAAGGACAAGAAGAUCACUACAGUGUAACGAUAAAACAGGACAGGGUCCAUAUGGGGUGGUUGAGUUGCCUGGAAAUCAGAUAAAGAUAUUGGAAUCAUUUCCCAAUGAUGAAACCUCUGUCCUACAAAUUUUUGUUUCAACUCCUUUAGCUGUGUCUAGCAGGAACACGUGCAGCAGAUAAUUGGGUCAUGUAAGAGUAAAAUGUGUAGGACAGGGCAUAUUUAAGAGUUGGGUUAGCAAACACUGAAAUAGAGGCUUGCUCUAGACCUUAAUCAUAAUGUCUGUGAAAUCUGUUGAUGGAAAGUGUUUCUUCUCCAUUUUAUAUAUAUAUAUAGAGAGAGAGAGAUUAGCCUAUGCAGCAUCAAGUCACUCUAAUUGGGAAGCAGGGUGACAACCAACACUACUUGCAAACUUUGCAAGUAUCUAUGUCAUGAGGUAACCUAUAUUGUCAAUUUACACUUUUUAAAAGGCACAACAAAUGCGGCACUUGCGCUCUGACUCCAACAGUCCCCCGUUCACUGUGACAGCUCCAGGCGAUUGUCUUGGACACUCACCCAAACUUAGGCCCUAUCUCAUCUAAUUUUCCUAUUAGAUCUAAACUGCUGCUCUCAAUUACACCUCUAUCUCUCCUCUCCUGGCAACCCCAUGGGCCCACUGAUUCUGUCUGCAAUAACAGAUGCCAGAUUAGACUGUCUGACUGAGGCCACAUCUUCCGCCUGCUGCCAAUUUGGGUUGGUCCCCAAAGAUUUCUCUAGCUGAGAAUUGUAUCAUAUGUAUGGCUGUUAAAAAUCUGUUUAUCUGUCUUAUUUUCCUGUAUAGUCUGUGCCGUAGACUUGUGCGGCUAGUGUGGAAAGUUGCAGGUCGAUUAACUUUUUAUCUAUCUUACAAAUUGGCCAAAGACACAGUAAUGAAGACAUUUUUAAAAACAAGGACAGGGUUUCUUUCAGAUGUUAUAUUUCAAGUCCAGUACACCACAGUGGAAUGACUUUGCACUUUUUGUGUUAAGGCAUGUGUGGUAAUACAUUUCACCAGUCAUACUAGCUCUGUAAACUGAAACGAUACAUCCAAAUCUUUAUUUUGCCGUCCCCGCUACAUGUGCUCUAGUAUAAACUACAAAACAUAUACACUCAAGAGACGAUCACAAAUCACAAACUCCCCUCCCUGCAACCCUGCCUGUUUUUAGUUCAUUAACUUGGGAGAGAAGUACUUAACGAGAGGAGGAGAGAGAAAGGGGAGCCUUGUCAAUACAGCGGGCCCAGCUCCGGUCUCCCUGAAGCCCACAGAGCAAUCCAUCAUAAUGACAGAUAGGCUAGGAUCAAUGGGAAAACAACCAUGGAGCUGCUGAGGGCUUCGCCUACCACUCCAAAACGUACACUUUGUGUAAAAUGUAAAAUCUGCUCAUUCAGCUGUUCACUUCAGAGCUACUUUUGUAACGUUAUCCAUGGGAAACUUUAAUACAUUGUUAACUGACUGUGUCAUCAUGUCACAGAUACUAUUACACUAUUAUCACUGAGCACACAUAACCAAUAAAAGUCUAGAAGGCUUAUGUAUUGCCAUACCCCAUGCAUGCAAGUGCGAACCACUCCUGUUGUCCAUGAAGUUUAUUUAUGAAUGAAAUAUGUAAAAUAUAAUAAAGGUUCAUUUUUUACUUUGACCCAGAACUCUCAUCUCAUCAGAGCUCAUCUACUUCAUGUUUCUUUUUCUUUGCAACGGAUCUUCAUUUUGCACAUCUGUUCGAUUAAAGUUAUCUCUAUGUUUCAACUAAGAAUGUAUUAAAUUCUAUACAUCGACGUGUGUCUUGAACAUGUUUAAACAUCCUCACUGCUCCUAUGUUGAGUGUAAAUGCUCUGAAAUGUUUGUCUACUCUAAAUUAAGCACCCGUGAUUAGCCAAUGCAUACACUAAUACACUAAAAAAAUAAAUUCUUCAAAUGCCA